AUGUUAGAUACUUGCGGCUCCAUAGAAGUUCACGGUCUCAAGGAAGGCAAGUUUGGUGCUCAGGGCGGCAAGCCUAAGCAAGCCCUAUGUUGCCUCUCAGGCAUCAGGAAUCUGGUCGUAAAUCGCAUUUCCUUCCCCAAGAAUCUGCCCAGGGGCUACAAAAUAGACGCGAACGGGGAAUUUUUGGUAUACUUCAACGGCAGGGUCACUGAGGCCAACGACUACCUCAGGCCUUACAACCUCAGGUGCGCACACAAGUGGAUCGGGAGCGAAAGGGACCAGAUAUCGGUAAUCCACAUAUACAGUACCUAUGACAACGUGACUAGCGGGCCCUCGAGGGGGAUGAAAGGCAACAUUUAUUUUCUGUUCAGCCAUGGGAACAACACUGACGUCGGCCACAUGUUUUUCAUGUACACUCGCCUGUGCUGCUUCCUCGGAGUUAACCUCGUUUCCUACGACUACAACGGCUACGGACUCAGCUCAGGUAAGCCUUCUGAGAUGAACUUGUACGAGAACGUCGUUUCGGUCUACAAGUUCAUGCGGGACUCGCUCAAGGUCGACCCCAGGCACAUCAUUCUCUACGGUAAGUCCCUGGGAUCCGCUCCCGCGUGCUUCCUUAUCAGUCAAUCGGAGCUUUACCCUGUAGGUGGGCUAAUUUUGCACUCUCCUCUCGCUUCCGGGCUCCGCGUGUUCUUCAAGUCGAUCAUUAAGCACCGUUUCGACGCCUUCGACAAUGCCGAGUUUCUCAAAAACUGCCCUCUAAUCCCUGUGUUCUUGCUCCACGGCAUCUCCGACGACCAGAUUCCCAUUGAGCAGGCUGUCGAGCUCACUUGCAUUGUGAAGGAGAGUCACGAGGUCGUGAUGUCAAAGCGCCUCAAUCAGAACAACAAGUUCCACCUCGAGAACGUUCCCAACCCCAAGGUCGACGCUGAGCACUCGCACCUCAACCAGGAGAGCAUUGAGGUGAUUCCCCGCGGCCGGUUCUCUCAGGUCAUUCAGGACGCUCGCAAGAUAAACCAGACUAACCAGUACGUCAAGACUUGGUGGAUUGAGGGCGCCGGCCACAACGACAUUGAGCGCAUCUUCUCCGCCGACUACUACGACCACCUCUCCAAGUUUCUCCAGCUUUACCGCAAAUGGCUCAAGGAGAAUAACGAUAGCAUUAAACACAAUGUUUGA